GUACAACGUGUCACUGACCAAUUGCACGAUCGGGGAUCGCUGUGUUUUCCACAACGGCGUGCAGAUCGGGCAGGAUGGGUUUGGUUUCUUCGUGGACGAAUCUGGCAACAUGGUCAAGAAGCCACAGACGCUGGGGGUGCAGAUAGGCAGUGAUGUGGAGAUGGGGGCAAACACAUGUGUUGACAGGGGCAG